GGGAGCAUUAGCAAAAAUGGGGUUAAAAUAGCGGGCUCCGUCCAAAAGAAAGAGACAGUGAUCGUGGAAAUCGAAAUAACUAAAAAGUAAUAAAGAAACAAACAACGCUUUCUUCACGAAUUACAAAACAAAAUAAAAAGAGGUUAGAGGAGUUAAGUUAGUUUCAUCUCACCGUCUUCUCCUCUCUUACUCCGUUAACCCAAUGGGAUUGGGUUGCAAUUGCAUGGCUCCUUCUCCUACCAUAUCUUCCCUUUUCUCACCCUCCCAAGCUCACCGUUACACUAACGGUUACGGUUACGGUUACAGUCACACUUUCCGUUUCCCGUUAACUAACCCCAUUCAUCUCCUCACGCGCACCCAAUUCCAUCACACACCACGCGUCCACCAAAUCUCCACAACUCCUUCGCCUCCUCCUCCGCCGGAAAAGAAAUCCUUCGCCGUCGCCACCGGGGAACUCUUCUUAGGCCUUGCUUCGCGUCUCAUUAAGAGCAGAACUCCUGCUUCCGAUUCCGAUCCCGUUGCAAUGUUUGAGAAUUCGAAUGAGAGAAUUGGAGCUGUUAUGGAAGAUGAGAUUCAACCUGAUGUCAUUUGGGAGCAGAGAGUGAAAGACGUUGAAGCGGAACGCAAUAGGCGUGUUGUAACUACCCCUGGCUUUAGUUUCUCCGCCGCUGGUCUUCUCUUUCCUUAUCAUCUCGGUGUUGCUCAUUUUCUUAUUCAGAAUGGUUACAUUAAGGAAACCACACCGUUAGCUGGUUCUUCUGCUGGAGCUAUAGUCUGUGCUGUGAUUGCCUCUGGAGCUAGUAUGGAAGAAGCCUUGAGAGCUACUAAAGUAUUGGCUGAAGAUUGUCGAAGUCGGGGGACUGCAUUUCGGCUGGGGGCUGUUCUGCGUGAUAUUCUUCAAGAAUUUUUGCCAGAUGAUAUUCAUAUAAGAUCCAAUGGGAGAAUUCGAGUUGCUGUGACACAGCUUCUUUGGAGACCCAGGGGUUUAUUGGUGGAUCAGUUUGAUUCUAAGGAAGAUCUCAUCAAUGCUGUUUUUACUUCUUCCUUUAUUCCAGGAUAUCUUGCACCAAAGCCAGCAACAAUGUUUCGAAAUCGAUUAUGCAUAGAUGGGGGUUUGACGUUGUUUAUGCCACCGACAUCUGCAGCACAAACGGUUCGUGUUUGUGCUUUUCCAGCAGGUCUAAUUGGAUUGGAAGGGAUAGGAAUUAGUCCAGACUGUAAUCCCGAGAACGCGUCUAGCCCUCGUCAGCUUUUCAAUUGGGCACUUGAGCCAGCAGAAGAUGUAAUGCUUGACCGACUCUUUGAGCUUGGAUAUCUUGAUGCUGCUGUCUGGGCAAAGGAAAACCCAGUUGAAGAAAUAGUUCAAGAUGAUACUCCUGCUCCUGCAUUUGGAAAUAGCAUUGCAGAAUAGCACAUUAUGGAUUAAAGAUGCACGUGGAAACAACAAAUUGAAUUCAAGUAUGCUAUGCUUGAAAUGGGCAUCACUUAGCAAAAAGAAAUCAUGGCGGGGAGGUCUACAGUUCAUAACUUCUAAGUGUAUACAUAUCAUUUAUUUAAUAUAUUUAUUGUAAAUGGAGAUAGAAUUCUUGCUGUGGGCAAGAGGGGAUUGAAAAGAAGAAAAAAAAAGUAUAGAUAUUUUAUUUUAUUUAAAUUUACAAAAUAGGGUGGUAAUGUAUAUUGAAGUCUCAGAUUUAUUGUGGAUUACAAAUAAAUAGAACUUAUAGCCAGUUUCCCUAUGAAUAACAAAGUUAAGGCAUGUGAGUUUUCUCUGAACUGAUGUACUAUGAUACUCAAACUAAUUUAAGUUUUAUUAUUCUUGAUUUUGUA